AUACAGUCAUAAAUGUAUAUUAUUUGCGUACAAACAAUUACAAGGUUAAACGUUUGAAACUUUAUAAUUUCUUCAUGAUAUAUAUUCGAUUUAUCUCUUUCCUGGACGACUAUAAAAAUUCAAUGUCAUUUCAUUCAAAUUUUAUCAGAAAAGAAUUUGCGCAUGGAGAGGCAAUAGUACGAACGCCGGUUGAACUUCUUCAAAACUGUUUUUGGGCACGUGGACAGCUUAAGAAGAAACUUCAGGCCACCGAAAAUGCUAUUAAAACUGUAUUCUCUUUUCAUUCUAAUAUUGGAUCUUGUAACAUUGCUAAUUGGUAUAGCGUUUGCUAUUUUAGUUGCAUUUUAUAGAAUGAUUAGGCCUCCACCUUUGAAAAGUCUUCGCAGAGAAACUGCAAUGGUGGUUGGUGCAGGACGUGGAGUAGGGAGAGAAUUAGCAAUUCAUUUAUGUCAAUUAGGGGUUAAUGUUGCUUGUGUAGACAUCAGUGUUGAAAACUGUUAUGGUACCGUACAACAAGCAUCUAGAGCUUUAGGAGUAGCUAAAGCAUAUAUUUGUAAUAUAACGGAUAAAACCGAAGUAGCUCAUACAGUGAAUAUUAUUCAAUCAGAGUUAGGUGAAAUUACGAUGCUUUUCCAUUGCUGCAGUAUACCUAGUCCUAGAGCGUUACUUCAGGAUCCACCAGAAAUAAGGCAUACAAUUGAUUUGACAGUUAUUAGUCACUUCUGGUUGCUGGAUACAGUUUUACCAUGUAUGGAACGCGCUGGCAAAGGACACAUAGUAGUUUUGUCGUCUGUAGCUGGUCUCUCGGGUGGUGCUACAGGAAGAAGUAGAGUUCCAUUAUCAACUGCACAGUUUGCAGUUCAAGGAUUGGCUGAAUCAUUACAUACUGAACUAAGACAUUCUAAUAGUAACAUCAUAAUCACUUUAGUUCACGUUUAUCCGUUUAUUGUAGGCGCUGAAGUGGCGAAAGAUAUUCGUUUCAGAAUACCGAGUUAUUUCGGCACGAUGCCAGCUGCAGAAGCUGCUAAACAAAUCUUAGACGGUGUUCGGCGAAAUUACGCCGAAUUUAGUGUACCUGGUUAUUUACUCUAUUUGGGACAUAUUCUUAGGAUACUUCCAAAAAAAGCAUCAUUUAUGUUACGCGAUCUGUUAGACACGGGCGUUGAUUUUGGAUGAUAUUUACAUUUUUUUUCUUUCUUAUUAAAAUAUAGACAUUAAUUUUGAUUAUACCGUUAACACAUAUGCAUAUAUUGUGGAAGAAUGAGGGAGAAAAUUGUCCGUGGUUUUCACGCGAAAAAGAAUAUCGAGUUAUAUAGAAAUGAAUGUUUUAUUUUUCGCUUUUUUUUUCUUUUUUUUUUGUAUGACUUAAUCAUCGAGAUAAUUUGUAAUAAAGAUCAAUUUUUUUUUUUAUACCUUUUUGUCUCAUGAAUGUGAUAUGAAACCUGGUACGUACGUACUUUGUUACAUACGUAUAUGUACAUACAUUGAAUUAGCUAUGAAUAUCUUAUAAAUAAUUUGCUAUUUAAUAUGAAAAGUAUAUGGCAUAAUUAACAUUUAGGUAUAAAGUAAUAACUAAAAUUUUUAUACUUACUGUUAAGCGUAUGAUAUCUAUAAGUCAUAUACAAAAAUUGUAAACGCAAUAUAAAUCUUAUACAUGUAUGGUGAUUUAAUGCGAUGAAAUAUAUUUUUUCAUAUACAAUAAACUAUACUUUGGGUUCAAUCUUAAAAAAUUUCGAAAUAUAUAUACAAUGUAUGUGUAUAUAUGUACAUUUAUAACGAAUCGUAAUGCCUUGUUGACAUUUUUGUAGAGAGAAUGCCGAAUAUUAAUAAAUAAAUACGUUAUUCGUUA